AAGACCGCAACAUUUUUGCACGGAGGUUUCUUCAUUUCUUUAUGAUUUCAAAAAGAAUUAAUGGCACGUGACGAAGACAAUGGUUUUGGAGAAUGGGGCGGCUACUUCGAAGCCAAAAAGUCCAAAUUGGAGGAGCAAUUUGCUGCCGCCAGCGAUCCAUUUCGCAAGUCUGACUUAUUUCAGGGAAUCUCGAUUUUUGUGAAUGGCCGAACCGAUCCUUCGGCGGAUGAGCUGAAGCGCAUCAUGAUGGUGCACGGUGGAACCUAUCAUCACUACGAACGGUCGCACACCACAUACACAAUAGCCUCCACUUUGCCGGACGUGAAGGUGCGGAACAUGAAUCUGAGCAAGUUCAUUAGCGCCAAGUGGGUGGUGGACUGUCUGGCGCAGAAUAAGAUUGUCGACUACAAGCCCUAUUUGCUGUUCACCAACCAGAAAACCUCACAGCCGAGAAUCAACUUUGCAAAUGUUAAAAAUCGCAGUUUAAAGGAGAGCAAAAUGGAGGUAGAUGCACCGGCAGAGCCACCGGCAGAGUUACCAGCAGACAAGAUGGAAAUUGAUCUGGCUGGGAUUCUAGGAGAGCUGCAGCAGGCUGUGGUUACCUCUCCGGAGAAAAAAGCCGAGACCAGCAGUUUGUCCGAGACCAAUCAGUCCAUCAACAAUCUGUCCAGCACAUCAUCGAACUCGAAUCAUGCACGCACCGCCGCUGAUCCUCGUUUCCUUUCUGAAUUCUACAAGAACUCCCGGCUGCACCACAUCGCCACUUUGGGAGCUGGCUUCAAGCAGUAUGUCUGCGAGCUGCGACAGGCCAAUGCCGGCAAAGACUUUCCCAUGCGGGAGGCACUGAAAAAUCUAAAGGAAGCCACCGAAAUCUCUGGAUUUCGGUAUGUAAUGCACAUUGAUAUGGACUGCUUUUUCGUUUCCGUGGGUCUGCGGUCUCAUCCGGAGCUCCGCGGCCUGCCUGUGGCGGUGACCCACUCCAAGGGCGGCAGUGCAGCAGCCGAUGUGCCUGUGCAUCCGCAGGCGGACAGACAGGUGGAGCAGGAGCUGUUUGCCCAGCGCUUCGAGCAUCGCCUGCACGACGACAACAAGGUGGACAAGGUGCGUUCUGGCUUUGAUAAGAAAAUGUCACUCUCGGAGAUUGCCUCCUGCAGCUACGAGGCUCGGGAGAAGGGCAUUCGCAAUGGCAUGUUUGUGGGACAAGCUUUAAAGCUCUGCCCGGAGCUGAAGACGAUUCCCUACGACUUUGAUGGCUACAGGGAGGUGGCCUUCAUGCUGUACAAUACGGUGGCCCAGUACACCUUGAAUAUUGAGGCUGUGAGCUGUGACGAGAUGUUUGUGGAGCUGACCGAUAUGGUGGAUGAACUGAAAGUGGAUGUGAUGGCUUUUGUGGAGCACCUCAGGCAGGAGGUUCGCACCAAGACUGGAUGUCCCUGCUCGGCGGGAGUGGGACCCAAUAAGUUACUGGCCCGCCUGGCCACCAAAGAGGCCAAGCCGAAUGGCCAGCACUUGCUGACAUCUAAUCAGAAUAUCCUGGCCUACAUGGCCCCCAUGGCCUUGGAAACUCUGCCUGGAGUGGGCAGCAGUAUGAGCCACAAACUCAAGCAGGCUGGCCUGAACAACUGCGGCGAUGUGCAGCAAACGUCGCUGGCGAGGCUGGAUAUGCUCUUGGGCAAAAAGUUGGCACUGAAUUUACACAACAACUGUCGGGGCAUCGAUCCACGUCCCUUGGUUUAUGAGCAGGCUCGCAAAACCGUUUCUGCGGAAAUGAACUUUGGCAUUCGCUUUACUAAGGCUAUCGAGUGCGAGCAAUUCCUGCGCCAGCUCAGCGAUGAGGUCACCAAACGUCUGACUGAGGUCAAGCGUAAGACCAAGUCCAUCAAUCUAAAGAUUAUGGUCCGCGCUGCCGAAGCGCCCGUGGAAACCUCCAAGUACAUGGGCCACGGCGUUUGCGAUAUUGUCAACAAGUCUUCGAACCUCAAGCAUGCCACCGAUGAUGUCAAUGUGAUUACCUCUCUCGUCCUCAACCUGAUGAAGGAAGCUGAUCUGCCUUUCCACGAGCUGCGCGGACUUGGCAUACAUCUCACUAAGCUCGAGGAUGCCGGUGAAGUGAGAAAGGAUAAUGUUCUCAAGCAAAUGUUUAUUAAAAUCACCGAGAAGAGGACACGUUACCCGCUUAAGCCUCCAAAGGAACAGCCAGUGGAGAAAGUAGCCGAGGUUAAAGCCAAGAUCAAGCCCAGGAAUGUGUUGAGCAUGUUAAAUGCAGCAGCAGAGGUCCAAAAACCAAUGAUCAGGGAACAACCAAAGAGUUCUGAGUGUGAAGGUGUGCAGCCAGAACUGAAGUUUACUGAUGUGGGACCACGUGAAAUCGAUCCGGAUUUUCUGGCGCAUAUGCCGGAGGAAAUACGAUGUGAGCUGCUCAAAAAUCAGAAUGAAUUCUUACUCAUGGAGAAGAAAAAUGAUGACCCUGCUAGGAAAUCAUUAAGCCCAGCUUUCUCAACCACUCCAUCGGAUGAGGAGAUACCGCCGCCUCCACCUUUUAUUGUAAGAAGCUCAUUAGGACAAACUAGUCCCCUUAAUGCCAGCGAUCUUCGCCCCUCCACUUCCCGUGCUGGCCUGGCUCGCUUGCAGCAGCGAGCAGCUGCCCGAAAGGAGUACGAAAACGACAGUCGCUCCGACGAAAACGACUGUCGCUCCGACCAGAUUGUGGCGGACUACGUCAAGGAGCUGCCCAAGUAUACGCAUCCUGCAUUACUGGAGUACAUCAACAGGUCCCCGGAUGAGGUGCCCACAAGCGGCAAACCUCCCGCUAUUCCCUCUCCCAAGGUAGAGGUGCCCUCCAACAUGCUGGAGGGAGAUUACAAGAGCAUGCUUAACGUAUGGAUCAGCAACGAGGAGGUGCCGCUGCCAGCGGACGUAGAAAUGAUUUACAAGCAGAUCUGCAGUCUGGUGAGAGCUGAGAAAUUUAACCUGAUGUACGAUGUGAUGAGACACUUGUGCCGCCUCAUCAAUGCCAAACGCGGAGGCUCCUGUCGUUGGCACAUGGCCUACAAUCACAUCGAGUUUAAUAUCCAGGACCUUAUGAUGGAGAUGCAGGGUUACCAAAUGUGCUUGAUCGAGAAUAUUCGCUGCGCCAAGUGCAGUGUGUACUAAUUCAGACAUUAAAUGUUAUUUGAAAGGAAAUGUGAUACAUUGUUAAAUGGCAGGAGAUUAGAAACAGUUCCUUAAAGUUAAUUUAAAUAAUAAAAUAUAUGAUUUUCUAACCGAAAA